AUGCCGUUACGAAGCGAGGCGAAAGGGUUCCCAAAGCGCAAAGGGAAGGCCGGUGGAGGUGCAGCAUACGUUCCGAGCGUCGACGCAGAAGAUUCGCCGCUGCCUCGAGCGCAGAAACUCGGAAGCGUCUCCACGGAACCUGAGCCAAAGCGUAAACCAGCUGCACUUCUUCUGCGCGAUCCAAGCGAAAUGUCAAGACCACGCACCGCAGAUUCCUGGGGAUCCUGGGACGAAAUGAUGUCAAGGGAUGAGGAGUCACCACUAGCAUCGCCAAGGACGUCGGCACCCCCAAACCAGCUGCCAGACACCGCAACAGCCAACCAGCCGCCCAAGGCCCCCAUACAGCGCCAAACACAGGCAGCCACGACUGCUGGCGACGACAGCAGCGAUUGGGACUUUGAUGACGAUGAUGACAAUGGCGGUAACGGUGGCGCGGUCAGCAAGCCGACAAGUGGGCAAAUCAGUGCUGUUGGCAGCAGUGGUGCUGUGAACAAGACAGCUGCACAUGUGCAGCCGAUCUCCCCAUCUCCGCCCACCAAGUCCCCAAAGCCAUCCGCAGGGUGGUUGUCUGUGCUGGAUGACCCGUCCUCUCCACCGCAGGCACAAACAGCAACGGCGUCACAGCGAGCGCCAUCUUCAACAGCAGCAGCGAUGCCGCCAGCGCCCACGAGCUCGGGUGACAACAACAACACCAACAGUGUCACAGAUGAAUUGCAGCUGCAGCCGACACACCCGCAGCACGACGAUGUGUUGCAUGGGGACAGCAACACGGUCGAGAGUGGGGCGGGUGACGUGCACUCUGAGCACUUGCAUGACAAACACCGAACUGCCCCUCGCCCCAAACCAUUCAAAACACGAAAGAAAGGCAAGUCAACCAGCAAAGAAGGCCAACCUGCAGCAAGCAGUCGUGGCUUUGGUUCGCUCUUCCGUAUGGGAAAGAAUCGCCAACAGCAGCAGCAGCAGCAGCAGCAACAACAACAACAGCAGCAGCAGCAACAACAACAACAACAACAGCAGCAACAACAACAACAACAACAACAACAACAACAGCAGCAGCAGCAGCAGCAGCAACAACAACAACAACAGCAACAACAACAACAACAACAGUACGGUGGUGAAGUGAUGACAGGCCCCCCUCCGGUUGUUGCUUCACUGUCGCCCAUCUCUGCAAACCAAUCCAAUGGAUACUUGCAAAAACAAGCCGCUUUGCCGCAACUGCAACCGCAACACCAACAGCAACACCAACAGCACCAACAACAGCAACGACUGGGGGAAGAACAGGCCAAAUCCACCGCUGCUGACAUUCCUCCCAAGGUCCACACACAUGUACACGUUGGCCUUGAUGACGCGACGAGCAGUGGACAGUUCAACCUUGCUUCUGAACAGCAACUCAGGCAUUGGGAGCAGGCAAACGCAGGAACCUUUUGUGGCGCUUCAGUGGAUGAACAUUCCAGGAUGCCGCUUGUGUUCCACCCCAUCUCGUCCCCGUCGUCGUUCACGGCGCGCACGUGGCGAAACACGUCAUCUGUGGACACAUGUGGCGAUCGCACGGAAACAGACGCAAGAAGGGGCUUUGCUGCUGCAUUUUCUGGUCUGCGUUCUGGAGUGGAUGUGAUUCUGAUGUUCUUCCUGGAGGCCCUGACGUUCGCCCUCUACGUCGUCCGAAAGCUUGUUGUGGAAGCGCUGGCGCUGAUUGCGGAUUUGCUGCUGAAACCGCUCCUGCACGCUCUCUUCAACGACAUUCUCCACCCGGUCUUCGUCUUCCUCAUCAACGUCGCGUCAAGCAUCGCGGCUGUGCUUGAAGUUGUUGGGCGAUGGAUUGAACCAUUUGUCUCUCUCAUCGAACGCCUCCUCAGAUCCUUCCGGCUUGUUGAAGUCAACCAAGGGAAACCAGCACGAGCAUCAAAGUUGCAAGAGCCGCUCGACGUGUAA